ACACAUUCGUACCGUGGGAAUUUGGUUGAUGUCUUUUAUCAUACAUAUUGCAAGAAACAGCCCCCGAACAGCACAGUUUUAAAGAUACCUCACAAGUUAAUCACCGAGAAAGAUGCGACACGGGAAGAUAUACCGGCGCAUGGCCGGAGGGCCGCGUCAGAGGAUCAAUUUGUUGCGCCAUUUUAUCACAACACUGGUGAAGUAUGAACGGUUUGAGGCCCCAUUUGCAAAGGCACACGAGACACAGAAGUACGCUGAGAAGCUGAUUGACAUUGCCAAGAGAGGUGACACAGACGAGGAAGCCAUGAAGAUUGCCGAUUACUGGUUGACGGACAAAAGACAAGUCCACAAACUCUUCAAAGUGUUAGCACCCCGCUUCCAAGACCGCAAGAGGAAUUACACACAGCUCCUGCGCGUGCCUGGCUUUGAAAGAGUGGGCAACGUGGCCAUGGCAUUCCUGGAGUUCCAUGGCAACCCUUACCCACCCCUCCGCCCGCCCAAGAAGAGGAACCCCGACUGGCUCGUGAACGUCCUCAUCCGUGAGGCGGUCCAGGAACUAAGGGCAUCCAAGGUCGUCUCUAAGGCAUUGGAAGAGGGGCAGGGUCCUCAGACUGGCUCCGAGGACAUGCCUGUUACAGGCCCCGAGGACGUUGAGAGACUCAGGACAGUACUGGACAGUGUCUAUCUUGGAGAAUCACAGAGUGUGGACACAAAGAAAGAUGGGACCCCUGUUUGAUCAUACAUGUCCAUGCCCACUUUCCAGAAUGGAAGAAAGGUUUUGUUACAUGUAGUUGAAGGGUUGGUGAAGUUUUGGAUUCGCAUCUUCCAUCAUUUCUUACCCAUUUUACCGAGUUUCUUGAAUAACUGUAAUCUGGCAGAUAUUUAGGGGAAAAAGAGGAUCGAUGGUGGCGAUCUUUGCCUCGUGAUACAUCAUGUUGUUACAUU